UCCCACUUAGUUCUCAUCAGUCUGAUGUGAACAAUCAAAAGAAGUGUCAGAAUGUCUCUUAAAUUAUUAUUUUUUUCACUGGCAUUUUAUAUAAUCACUGGCCAGGCUCGUGGCUAUUCCUACCUAAUGGUCCUUCAUACAGGAUCAAAAUCACACCACACAGUGGGCGAAGCUUUGGCCAAAGGGCUGACUAGUGCUGGUCAUGAAGUGACAAUAAUAUCGCCCUUUCCGCAGAAAAAACCUCACAAGCACCUGAUCGAUGUGAACACGCCAAAAAUUUUGAGUGUAAUGGGUGCUCAUAAAGCGAGGAUUUUGGACAACGCCAAACUUUCAUUGGUUAGAAGGUAUCCCAUUAUGCAUGCCAUGGGACUCGAUCUGACAGAGGCUCUCCUUAAAGACCCAGCUGUUCAAGAACUCCUCGGUAAGAAUUUGUCCUUCGACGGAGUCAUUUGCGAGACUUUCAUGAACGAUGCCCAUUACGGCUUUGCCGAGCACUUUGGAGCACCGCUAAUAACCCUGAGCACCCUGGGUGCCACUGGUUGGACUUCGGAUUUGGUGGGCACACCCUCACCUCCCUCGUAUGUGCCACAUAACUUGCUUCGUUUCGAUGAUCAUAUGGAUUUCUGGCAACGAGCCCAGAAUCUCGGCUUCCAAGCUUAUGAAUACUUUUACCAGAAUUGGAUCCAUCUGCCCAAACAAGAGGUGUUGUACCGAAAUUAUUUUCCGAAUAACAAACAAGACUUUUAUGAAAUGCGUAAGAGCACCUCCCUAGUGCUGCUAAAUAAUCACGUUUCGUUGAGCAAUCCUCGUCCAUAUUCCCCAAAUAUGAUUGAAGUCGGUGGCAUGCAUAUAAAUCGAAAUGCUCCCAAGCCGCUGCCCAAUGAUAUUUUGGAGUUUAUUGAAGGAGCCGAGUAUGGAGUAAUCUACUUCUCCUUGGGCUCCAACCUUAACAGCAAGGAUUUGCCUCAGGAAAAGCAAAAGGCUAUUUUGGAGACCCUAAGAGUUCUAAAGUAUCGAGUUCUUUGGAAAUACGAAAAUGAUAGCCUAGCCGACAAGCCUGACAAUGUUUACAUAUCCAACUGGUUUCCGCAGGACGAUAUUCUGGCACAUCAUAAGGUUGUGGCCUUCAUCACCCACGGAGGACUAUUAAGCACCAUGGAGUCCAUUUACCACGGCAAGCCAGUGGUGGGGAUUCCCUUUUUUGGUGACCAAUUCAUGAAUAUGGCGAGGGCAGAAAAAUUGGGCUAUGGGAUCACAGUCAACUAUGCCCAGCUAAACGCUCCAUCAUUUCGGUCUGCCAUCGAGCGUGUUAUCAUGGACGUGACGUACUUGGAACGAGUGAAAACUCUAUCCAACCAAUUUCGUGAUCAGAAAGAGACUCCCUUAGAGAGGGCAGUGUACUGGGUGGAGCACGUGACUCGACAAAAAGGAGCACGAUAUCUUAGAAGUGCCUCCCAGGAUCUCAGCUUUGUGGAAUAUCAUAAUUUGGAUGUAUUGGCCGUGUUUCUUCCUGUCAUUAGCUUAUUAAUUGUGUUAAUGUAUCUUUUGGUACAAUUUAUAAUCAUCAAGUUGCUAAAAAAGGUGUUAAAAAUUGGUGGGGACAAAGUCAAGGCAUUGUAG